AUGUUAUUGUGGUCCUUGUCUCUCUGCUUAGCAGUGGGCCUCUCGGCUACUGUGCCUACUUCACUUACUAAUUCUACGUUCGUGGAAGACCUUCUCCAGGCCAAUGCUACCGAUAAUCAGAACGUUUCUAGAGUAUUCCCUGAGGAAUUGACCUGGGGCGUUUCGCAGCUCCCUAAUGUGUUGAAUGAGACUUCGGUUGAUGCUAAUGCCGAAGCUGCCGGUUACCAGUUGUUGAACAUCUCUAGAAACGCUAGAGGUCUUUCUGGAUACUUGCGUUUGCAGAAGGAGUCUGAUGUUUACGGCUACGAUUUUGAUUAUUUGAAAUUGGACGUGGAGCACCAGAACGACUCCCGUCUUUCUGUCCAUAUCGAACCUAAGAACCUUACUGACGUAUACCAGCUUCCAGCUGACUUGGUGCCUGAACCUGAAUCUUCGAAUUCUACUAGUUUCGGUUCGAAGUCUGACUUGGUGUUUAGACACUCUGGCGUCAACGAGCUGUUCUGGUUCGAGGUUGUUCGUAAGACCAACUCUGAGGUCUUGUUCUCAACCAAAGGAAACCCAUUGGUGUUUUCUAACCAGUUCGUUCAGUUCAACUCUUCGCUUCCUGAAGGCCAUGUUAUUACUGGUUUGGGUGAAGCCAUUAAGGGGUUCACUAACCCUCCAGGUACAGUGAGAACCCUCUACUCCAACGAUAUCGCCAACCCAGUUGAUGGAAACAUCUAUGGUGUUCAUCCAUUCUAUAUUGAUCAGAGAUACGCCAAUUUGACUGAAGCUAACGUUCACAGCGGUCCAGUCAACGAAACAAGAUUCCCAGGUAUCCAAUGGAGCAACCUGACCAACUCUUCGUCUUCGUUCAAUGCUUCUGCCUCGAAUUCGAGUUUCUAUGAGGAUUUCACUCCUCUUAACAAGUCUUAUACUCACGGUGUUUGGUGGAGAACUUCUGCUCCUCAGGAGGUUGUCAUUGAAGAGGAAGCCCUCACUUGGAGAGCUCUUAAUGGUGUCAUUGACCUUUACUUCUUUGCUGGUCCAACUCCAAAGGAUGUCAUCCAGCAGUACGUUUCUGAGAUCGGUAAACCUGCUCUUCAGCCAUACUGGGCUUUGGGAUACCACCAAUCUCGUUGGGGAUACAGUUCUGUUGAUGAUUUGCAAGGAGUAGUUGACUUAUUUGCUGAAACCGAUCUCCAGCUUGAAACCAUCUGGACUGAUCUUGACUACAUGGAAGCUUUCAAGGACUUCACCAACGACCCAGCCAGGUACCCUCUCGACAAGUUCAAGAGCUUCAUUGAAGAUCUUCAUGAUGGUGACCAGAAGUACGUUCCAUUGGUUGAUGCUGCCAUUUACCACCCUAACCCAGACAACGAGACCGACAACAACUACACUGUUUUCCACGAUGGUAAAGACCAGGAUGUGUUCUUGAAGAACCCAGACGGAUCGCUUUACAUUGGUGCUGUGUGGCCUGGUUACACUGUGUUCCCAGAUUUCUUAGCCAACAACACUUACGACUGGUGGAAGAGUGCUCUUGAGAACUGGCGUGAGGAGAUCGAGUUCGAUGGUAUUUGGCUUGACAUGAACGAGGCUUCCUCCUUCUGUGUGGGCUCUUGUGGUUCUGGAAACCUCAAAAAGAACCCAGUUCAGGCUCCAUUCCAAUAUGGUGGUCUUCAGAAACAGUUCCCAGAGGGAUUCCCAGAAAGAAACGAAACCGAGUACGAAGAGUUCUUGCAAGUGCUUGCAUUGACUUCUCCAAACACAACUUCUGGUAUUUAUAACUCUACCACUGGCGGUUGGAAUGCUACUACUGGCUGGAACACCACGUCUGCUUCAAACUCCACUGGCUACUCCAACUCCACUGGUUACACAAACUCUUCUUCCGGAACCGUUUCUCAGUUCUUCAACUACAAGGCUUCCGGUAAGGGUAACAUCAACUACCCACCAUACGUUAUCAACAAUGCCCAAGAAGGCCACGACUUGGCUGCCCACGCUAUCUCGCCAAACGCUACUCAUGCUGAUGGAACCGUGGAAUACGAUAUCCACAACUUGUACGGCUACCUCCAGACUAAUGCCACCUACAACGCUCUUAAGGAAAUUACUCCUAAGAAGAGGCCAUUCAUUAUUUCUAGAUCCACCUUCUCUGGUUCUGGUGCUUACGCUGGCCACUGGGGUGGAGACAACUGGUCUAACUUCACUUACGCUUACUACUCCAUUCCACAGGCACUUACUCUGGGUCUUUCUGGUAUUCCAUUCUUUGGUGUGGAUGUUUGUGGCUUCAACGGUAAUAGUGACUUGGAGUUGUGUUCCAGAUGGAUGCAGUUGGGUGCUUUCUUCCCAUUCUACCGUAACCACAACGUAUUGGGCGCUCUUGACCAGGAGCCAUACGUCUGGGAAGAUGUCCUUGACCACUCCAAGAUCACCAUGGAUAUUCGUUACUCGCUUCUUCCAUACUACUACACUUUAUUGAAGGAGGCUUCCGAUACUGGUGUUCCAGUGUUGAGGGCUCUUUCAUGGGAGUUCCCAGACGACCCAGCACUUUCUGACGCAGACAGACAGUUCUUCGUUGGUGAGGCUCUUUUGGUCACUCCAGUGUUGCAGCCAAACGUGUCUUCUGUCAGUGGUGUCUUCCCAGGUGCCAACUACACUGACGUCUACUACGACUGGUACACUCACGAACAAGCCAACUUCACCGAUGGCACGAACCAUACUUUGGAAGCUCCUCUUGGCCACAUUCCUCUCCACAUUCGUGGUGGCCAUAUCAUUCCAUUGCAAGACCCAGGUUACACUACCGCUGAGUCCAGAAACAACUCCUGGUCGCUUCUUGUACCUUUGGGCGUGGACGGUACUGCUAGUGGUCUGUUGUACUCUGACGACGGUAUUUCUCUUCCAGUCAAGAACUCCACUACUGUUGAGUUUAUUGCUGGUGACGGUGUGCUUACUUCUUCUGCUUACGGUAACUACGAUAUCGAACAGCCUUUGGACAGUAUCACCAUCUUGGGUGUUGAGAAGGAGCCAAACACUGUCAGAUUCAACAACCAGACCGUCAGCUUCGACUACUUUAACCACACUGUGGAGGUCACUGAUUUGGAGGAUUACACUGAAAAGGCCACUACAAUCAAGCUAACGCCAGAGGACGUUUUGGAGUAUGACGAUUCUGUUGCUGUUCAGAAAGCACAGAACGAGACGCAGAUCGAUCUGAACCAGGAACUUGAUAAGUCUCAUACAAACAUAACAUUCAAGGAACCUUCUUUGGCUGGAAGAAACGAGAGACUUGGCGUGAAUACCGGUCAUUAG